AUGUCGAACAAGCCAGAAAGCAAUCCUCCAGCUGCGUCGGUGGUCGAGGAUGACGAUGAGCCUGAUGAUUGGGACAAACGAAUCUUUAGCACAGGAUGCGCGGAGGAGAACUCGAAAAUGACCGAUUGCUAUUUCGAAAAGAAAGACUGGAGAUUGUGUAAAGCAGAGAUAAAUCGCGUCGAUCUAGAACUUAUUUUCUCCGAGAAACCGCGUCUACCGAUAACACAUUUUCUCCAUACAUCAAUCAACAUGGCAACAAUUAUAUCCAGAGCAUCACGCUCCAUAGUAGCUGACGCAGCAUCGUUGGUGUCAAGUUCAUCGGCAGUAUCAAGAACUGCAAGUCUGGCACGUCAAUCAAGACAUUUCUCGACAAACUUUCAAAAUGCGGCGCUUCCAGCUUCGAGCUAUACCCCAAGAGCGCCGGUUGUAGCGAGGCCUCCCACAAACUCUGCAACUCCUGUUGUGGCCAAACCGAGAGAAGCAGAACCUGCGAUCGAUGAUCAAUCGCCCAUCAAGGAUAUGUCCACAGGGCUUGCGGAUGAACCACUGGUUUUGGACGAGGGGGUUAGACAGGUCGACUGGACAAGAUCAUUUCACGGAUUAUCGUCUCAGCCAUUCUCCAAAGAAGCUGCAGAGAUUCUACUUGCACCAAUUCCCUCUGAUGAUGUGGAGGUCAAGCCAGAUGGAAUUAUAUACUUGCCGGAAAUCAAAUAUCGGAGAAUAUUGAAUAGGGCGUUUGGUCCUGGUGGGUGGGGUUUGGCACCAAGAGGAGAAACUAUUGUCACGCAGAAGAGUAUCACAAGAGAAUAUGCUCUCGUUGCUCAUGGGCGAUUGGUAUCCGUUGCUCGUGGCGAACAAGAUUACUUCGCCCCCGAAGGCAUUCCAACUGCCACCGAAGGAUGCAAAUCGAACGCCUUGAUGCGCUGCUGCAAGGAUCUCGGCGUGGCCAGUGAGCUCUGGGACCCUAGAUUUAUCAGGAAGUUCAUGAAGCAAUAUGCGAAGCAAGCUUGGGGUGAACAUGUCGUAACCAAGAAGAAGAAGCAAUUAUGGAUGAGGAAGGACGACGAGGUUAGAUACCCAUACAAGGAGUCAAAGUUCGGCGCAUAG